AUGUAUGCAGAAAGUUUAUCUUUUGAUCCUACUUCUCACCAAGAUGAAGGGAUAGAAGAAAAGGGUUUGCUUCAAAAUCAUUCAACAACUUGUGCUACUAACUUUUCCAUGGGAGUAGAACUACAGCAGCAGCAGCAGCUGAAUCUUGAAAUGGUAAAGUUUCAUUCUACACUAAAUACCAAUAUUGUCCCAACUGAAAAUAACUUGAUUCAGGAAUUUGAGCAUGAGCAUAAUAAUAACACAGUGUUAUCUUAUGGUCAAGCAAAUUGGGAAGAAAUGGGUUUUAAUCCUUAUAACCAUCAACAAGGCCAUGAACAGCACCAAAUUAGUAAUUUCCCCAUUUCAACAUUGAUCACUAAUAAUCCAUCAAAUACAUCACUAGGUUAUUGGGUGGGUUUUCCAAGAACAGAAUUAGCCUCAACUUCAACUAAUCUUUUUUAUGAUCCACAACUGAAUAUGCCUGUGAAUCUCUGUACCCCACAACCUACUUUGUUCAAAGAGUUGUUUCAGCUUUCUCCACAUGGCUCCUAUGGCUUAGGAAGCUCAGGGACUGGCUCUUUUUUUAGUCAUGGAGUUGCUGAGGAAGAGGUAACUGGUGCUUUAUACCAUGAUGCUGGGAGUUUUGAUAUCAAUUCUGCAGCUAAAAAGAAGGAAGGUAAGGAUAUUAAGCAUCAUACCAGUGAGAAACAAAGGAGAGUUCAUUUCAGUGACAAGUUCCAAGCAUUGAGAGCUUUGAUCCCAAAUCCCUCAAAGAAUGAUAGAGCAACAAUUAUUGCGGAUGCUAUUGGCUACAUCGAUAUGCUGAAAUCAAAAGUAAAUGAGCUAAAGAAUGAAGUAGAAAAGAAAGAGAGGGUGAAAAGGCAAAGAACAGAAGAUGAUGGUUCAUGUGGUUUCAAUACUGUAAUGGCCGAAGCUGCUGAGAAUAAUGUGAACAUAAGGAGUUCAUGGCUUCAAAAGAAAUCAAAGAACACUGAAGUUGAUGUUAGAAUUAUGGAUGAUGAAGUGACUGUUAAACUUGUCCAACAUCAUAAGAGAAUGAAUUGUCUUCUCUUUGUUUCAAAAGCUUUUGAUGAGUUUCAGCUGGAUCUUCAUCAUGUUUCUGGAGGAUUGAUUGGUGAUCACUAUAGCUACCUUUUCAACUCCAAGAUUUGUGAAGGUUCAACAGUGUAUGCAAGUGCAAUAGCUAACAAGGUUAUUGAAGUUUUGGACAAGGAAUAUUCAGCCAUUGUACCAAGUUGUAACCAUUAA